AUGAGAAUAUUAUCUACUUCUAAUAGAGGUAGAGGUGUAUUCGCUGGUGAACCGAUAGAGAAGGAUACAUUAGUGGAAAUAUCACCAGUAUUGCUAUUUAAUAAAGAUGAAUACGCAAAUUUUGGAAAGCACACUGCUUUGGAUGAGUAUACAUUCAUCUGGCCAGAUCGCAGUGGGAGAAUGGGCUUAGCCUUGGGUUUAGGAUCAAUUUUCAAUCAUAAUAGAAUACCGAAUGUUACGUUUAGUAUAAAUACCAAAAAUCUCACAAUAGAGUUUAAAACUACGCGAUUUAUAAAUAAAGAUGAGGAGAUGUUCAUUUCAUAUGGUUCAGAGAGUAAAUUAUGGUGG